UCCUCCAAAACGGGCUCCCAAGUUAUGUAAUGCUUGGACAACAUGCUGCUUCCCAGUGACAAUUUUAAGUUUUGGCAGGUACUAAAGCAAAUAACACAGAUCCAAAUUUUGUGCUAGCUCUUGCAUAACGGUCUUUAAUCCCUACUUCAUUUUAAAGGCACAGGUUGGGGCAUUUUGUGGAGCUAAGUGGAGUUGGGUUUCCUAAACCUGCUUGUAGCACUGACUUUGCAGUGCUGUUUUGCUUUCUGUAAAGCCAAGCAAACACAGCUGAUCUUGUUGCAAAGCAGUAAGAGGAGGAUGGUCUCUGCUGGCCUUAUUUCCACGCAGCCACAAUUACUGACAAAGGGAACAGUGUAUCUGGUAAAGAGUUAGUUGAGUGUGUGCAAUGGGACUGGCACAGGGGACAGUUGUCUGUGGAAAUGGUGUGUCUCGUGGAGAAGGCUAAUGGUUGGAAAUGCAGGUGUCAUGCCAGCAAAGAAAACAAAGGACACUUUGUGGGGAUGGCCUGGUCAGAGGGGAUUCUGUACUUUGCACAAAGUAUUGCUAUGUCAGAAACAUUCUGGAGUACCUGACCCAUUAGCACUGACUUUCCUAACUACUCUGCAAUGCAGUGCUGCCUUUUGGGAGCAAACAGGAUGAAAACUCUGAAGAUGGAUACAGUCUAAGAAGCGGCUGCAGUAGGCAAAAAAAAAAUCUGCUGGCAUGCCCAGCCCAAGGCCACAAGAUGACAGAGGCCACCACCUAAUUCACAUGGACAUCCUGGCUUGCUGAGCUGUAGUCAGGGCCAAAGUAUGUUGACCUGAUUCUUCUGAGAGCCAAAUUUGACCCAGCAGAGAAGAGCUGCACCAAAGUGGCAUGAAGUUAUUCUUCUCAGCUGUAUCUGAGUAUCACAUACACUUUUUAUUGUGUUUUGGCCAGAUCCCCCACUAAAGCUUACAGUGAAAGCUGGCAAAAGGGACUCCUUGAUGGUGAUGAAUGUUGGGUCUUGGUGUAGGCUUCUUUAAUCAUCUGCUGCCCACCCCAGCAAUACCUUCCCUGUGCAGAGACCCAUGUACUGACCGUGCCCCUUCUGCUCCCCUCUCCAGAGCUCUCACCAUGGUUAAUGAGACCCAGCAUACCUGCAGUGCCAGUUCCAGCUCCAGGUCUGAUGGCGGCAGCAGCAGCGGAAGCGAGAGCUCCAAGGACAACUCGCGCUGCUCGACGCCCGUCCUUGAUGCUGACCGACACGAGCGGCUGCGGGAGAAGAUGCGCCGCCGGCAGGAUGCUGGAGACAAGUGGUUCUCCCUGGAGUUCUUCCCUCCACGCACAGCCAAUGCUGCUGUCAAUCUCAUCUCCAGGUUUGACCGUAUGGGAGCAGGUGGUCCCCUCUUCAUUGAUGUGACGUGGCACCCUGCAGGGGACCCAGGAUCUGACAAGGAAACCUCUUCCAUGAUUAUUGCCAACACUGCAGUGAACUACUGUGGCCUGGAGACCAUCCUGCACAUGACAUGCUGCAACCAGACCAAGGAUGACAUCACAGGGCAUCUGCAGAAGGCCAAGCGACUUGGGUUGAAGAACAUCAUGGCGCUGCGUGGAGAUCCUUCUGGUGAGGAAUGGGAGGAAGAAGUAGAAGGUUUCAACUACGCUGUUGAUCUGGUUAAGCAUAUUCGCAAUGAGUUUGAUGAUUACUUCGACAUCUGUGUGGCAGGCUACCCCAAGGGUCAUCCUGAAGCAGAGAGCUAUGAGGCAGACCUGAGGCACCUGAAGGAGAAAGUCUUUGCUGGAGCAGACUUCAUCAUUACACAGCUUUUCUUCCGUCCAGAAACCUUCCUCAAGUUCAUGAAGGAUUGUCAAGCCAUUGGCAUUACCUGCCCCAUUAUUCCUGGCAUCUUCCCUAUACAGGGUUACCACUCCCUGCGCCAGCUGGUGAAGCUCUCUAAGCUGGAAGUGCCUCAGGAAAUCAAAGAUGUGAUUGAGCCCAUCAAGGACAACGACGCCGCUAUCCGGAGCUAUGGGGUGGAGCUGGCAGUGUCCAUGUGCCGGGAGCUGCUGGACAGUGGAAUGGUGCAUGGGCUCCAUUUCUACACCCUCAACCGGGAGGUGGCUACCACUGAAGUCCUGAAGCGCCUGGGCAUAUGGAAAGAGGAUCCAAGGCGCCCUCUGCCCUGGGCAGUCAGUGCUCACCCCAAGAGAAGAGUGGAAGAUGUCAGGCCAAUCUUCUGGGCCUCCAGGCCAAAGAGUUACAUCUAUCGAACCCAGGAGUGGGAUGACUUCCCCAAUGGGCGAUGGGGUAACUCCUCCUCUCCAGCUUUUGGGGAACUGAAGGACUAUUACCUCUUCUACCUGAAGAGCAAGUCUCCCCGGGAGGAGCUUCUGAAGAUGUGGGGAGAAGAACUGACUGGUGAGGAAAGUGUCUUUGAGGUGUUCACAUGUUACAUCACUGGAGAACCCAACAGGAAUGGGUACAAGGUUACAUGUAUGCCUUGGAACGAUGACCCUCUUGCUACUGAAACCAACCUUCUGAAGGACCAACUGGAGAAGGUCAACAGACGAGGAAUCCUGACCAUCAACUCCCAGCCAAACAUCAAUGGCAAACCAUCCACAGACCCCAUUGUAGGCUGGGGGCCCAGUGGAGGUUAUGUUUUCCAAAAGGCGUACCUGGAGUUCUUCACCUCCAGCGAAAUUGUCACGGCACUGCUCAAAGUGCUGAAGAAGUACGAGUUACGAGUGAACUACCACAUUGUCAAUGUCAAGGGCCAGAAUAUCACCAAUGCUCCAGAUCUGCAACCCAAUGCUGUCACCUGGGGUAUCUUUCCAGGAAGGGAGAUCAUCCAGCCCACUGUGGUGGAUCCUGUAAGCUUCCUCUCCUGGAAGGACGAGGCCUUUGCGCUGUGGAUUGAGCAAUGGGCCAAGCUCUAUGAAGAGGAGUCACCCUCUCGCAUGAUCAUCCAGUACAUCCAUGACAACUAUUACUUGGUCAACCUGGUGGACAAUGACUUCCCACUAGAGAACUGCCUCUGGCAGGUUGUGGAGGAUACAUUUGAGCUGUUGAACUCUCCAACUCAGCAGUGAAAAUUCUUCUGAUCUCUUCCUCCUUCCGUCCACUGACUUUGGGGAAAGCAGCAGCUCCUGUGCUGACAAUGGACACACUCCUAACCCCAUGAGCAGGGUGCUGCUCUGAUCCACCCACACUGUGCUCUUCUGUCCCCAACACAAAGGCUCCCUGAGCCAUUCUCACUGAACAGCCAGAACUACCUGAACCUCUGAGCUCAGGCUCCAGACUAAGCCCAAAGGCCAGGGUCUGCAGGAUGAAGAGCUGCUACUCAUGGUUAUGCCAAUUACAGUAACAGAUUCUGGUAACUUUCCCAUGCCAGAAAUGCUGGCAGGGGGACUGAAACACUCCUGUCAGCUGUACCUAUGCAAGGGGAUUAUAUCAGCAGUUACCAACCUGGAAAAGAAGGUCAAAUUGCUUUUAUAUUGCACUCCUAAACUGUAUUUCUUCAUAGUUGAUCAUCUGGCACAUUUGCACUCACUCCAGAAGAAGGUUCAAAUUCUCUUCCUAACUUUUCUCCUUGUAUUGUAUUUCCUGUUUUCUUUUUAAUAGGACUAUGGGAAUUCCCAUUCUGGAUAACACUAAGUAGGAAUGACAGUAUUUCCUAGAUAAUAUACAAUAAAAUGCAAAUGUCUCUUGUACUAGGCCAUGCUUUAGCAGA